CUUCUUCGAUCCGCAACAGUUGUGUGUAGACCCGCCGUGCGCUCCGCGUUAUUUUACGAGACGUCCACCCGAGUAUACCGAUCUGUUUUGUUGCGCUCGUUUCGAACAUCAAACGUUCGCGGUGUUCAUUGUGGAGGGGACGCUACCCUCACACACCCCACGCGACGGUCGGGCCGGCUCCAGUCGUUUACGGUUCUGUAUCCCGUAAUCAUUUGCCUGCGCGUCGUCGCCCGGUACCUAAUGACUUAUUCCUUCCGUUUCUGCCGCUAUUUCGAACAAUAUUACCCCGCCGAUUAAUAUCAAUAAUACGUAUUGAAUAUUGAUUAACGUUUAAAUUUUUUUUUUUCGUGUGUUCGUCUGACGAAUUAUUUUUUUGUGUUAUUAUUAUUAUUAUUUUUCUUCACGUACAAUAUCUAUGUUGUGUGAAUUGUUCUAUUUAACGCAGCGGCUCGUCGCGAAGUUUUGAAUUUACCAGUUAAUAUUAUUUCGCAUUGUAAUAUCGUCUGAACAGCAUCAAUCAUGGACCUUGUUCCCGCACCAAUGUUACAAUUGAGUAAUACAAAGCCGCGGGAAAAUAACGCUCUACGCGAUUACAACCGCGUCGUAUUGAGAAAGUAAUUAUUUUCAUUAUAUUUUAUUAUUAGUGUUAUAAGUACGCGGGUCUGUGUAGUUACGGUUACCGGAGAGGCCUUUCGAGAACCCCGAAAGUACCUAGGUACCUACCUACCUGUCUAAAUAUAAGUAUAUAGAUAUAAAAUACCUACCUUUCGAUCUGCAUACGCAUUUUUUUCUGCACCGCCGAUUAUUGUAGGUACUAUUGCUGACGCCGAGAAAUUCGAAAAUGUUUCGUGUUGUACGUUUUGACGUGCGAUUUUACGACGGUUUUUAUUUUUUUCUUUUAAAAAAAAUAUCGACCCGUUGUCUUAUCAUUUCGUAGUCCUGACGGUUCGUUGUAGUCGUUCGACACGGCAACAACAAUACGAGUAUGAUAAAAUAUGCCGCAGACACGACGUGAUUUGGCGGGAAAAUAUUAGAGCGAAAAAAAAAUUAAAAAGAAAAAAAAACAACAAAUAUUACGACCGUGAUGAUAGGUAAUUAUUUCACGCGAGAUUUUCCGAAUAAAAUACAAUCUUUAUCAUUUGAAUAGCUAAUCGUCCGACGGCACUACCGCACGUGGCCUUAUCGUCGUAACAACAAUAAUAAUAACAAUAAUUUUUUACAAAAUAUUACCGAAAUUAUUUUCCAGAGCCACGGUAAUUAAAUAUCACCACUGGUUUCACACAAUAAUAAUAUUAACCCGUCGUACACUAGGUAGGUAGGUAGGUAAGUAAGUAAGUAGGUAGGUAGGUAGGUACGUACGUACAUUCGACCGUAAUAAAACAACGUAAUGUUCUUUACAAUAUUAAUAUAUAAUUACGGAUUAAAAAGAAAAAUUGAAAAAAAAAAAACCGAGCGGGCAUUUCGUAUUGGGUGUUCACGUGAAAACACUCGUGUGACAAUUGCCUACCUACUUACCUGACGGGGGUAUACGAGAUAUUAAUUCUAUGUUAUUAUCGAAAUUCGUCGCCCCCCCCCCGGCACUUCGUAAUUCCGUACGAGUUAAUUGCCGACUAUUAACUCGCUGCCGCGUGCAUAUCGAUGUGUUAUUGUCGGUCGAACGUCGUUGUUUUAAACGGAGACGAAAGACGGAAAAAAAAAACAAACAAACAAACAAUUUUACCGUGUUUAUUAUCGCGCGGGCAUUGUAGGUACACCCAGUGAUAUUAUCAAAAAUGUUUACGCGGUUCCCGUUGAACGAGCGUGAUUAUCUGUCCGCGGGUACCCGCCGUUUACGAACCGAACACGGUCGUCGCAAUAACGUUUAUCGAAUGUUUAUAAUGAUUUACUACACGGCGCGCCGUGUGAUGUACCGGAAAUCGAAUUAUUUCCCGACGAUAUCCGUCUAACCGCGGUUACGGACGGCCCGUGCGACGUGUUUACGGCCGCCGCGGAUACCCGACCGGUGAAAACGUUGUCCGAUUCGGUAUUUCGUUAUUAUUUCGUCGUCGUUCGUAUAACGGACCCGUGAAGUCGCCGCGCGCGGCCGAUACGUUUUUCCCGUAAUGUUUCUCGCCGUUCUCGCGUUCGUUCAUUAUAAAACGAUUUUAGCCCGACGCCGCAAUUGCGAGGCGCCGUCGUACCGCGUUUGCGAUGGGGAGUGGGCCGUUGACUUUGAAAUAAAGCUCGAUCCGUGGUUGGUGGCGCGGUGUACGGGAGCGAUUGUUACGAACAAUUUUGAUAAAAAAUCUUAAAAACAUCGCACCGACCGAAAUCAGUUCGCAGCAAUUUGUGUCCGACCGCGGGGACGUUCUGCACAACGUUUACACAAUUGUUUACACUGUACUCGGUAUCGUGUCUUCGGCGAAAACACCAGAAGCUGCGAUUGUUUCGGUAAAUUGUUAUAGGAAAUAAUAUUGUCGGCCGUCGAACGAACUGGUAGGUAUCGGUUUUAUUCGUUUAUUGUUGGUUCCCGAAAUCGCGCGGGGGCGACAAUCGCGAACUUAUUUAUUUAUUUAACAAAACGACACAAAAUUAUUCUACGGGUUCAAGGUUUAUUGUGUACGACGUGUGUAAUAAUAACACGAAUCGUGGAGAUAAUGACAAAUGAUAUGAAAACGAGUAUUUUUCUUUGAUUAUUAUGUUCGCAAUAUUUCUAUCGUAACUAAUUGACACGAGGCACAAGUCGACUGCUAGCGACGGGCAUAGGCACAAUUGACUCGUACCUACAGACUUCUUCUUUUCGUUAUCUAGGUAGCCUAACCUUUCACAUUAUUAUUUUCCCGACUAAUGACUAAUUUUUAGUCGACCAAACGGCUAAUGAACUUUAUUGACUUACGAAUUGUAUUUAUGUUAGUUGUGCAAAUAAUUUCAAGUCUACUAAUAUUAGUAGGUAAUAAUAAACAUUUGUUUCCGCCUAUCACUAACUAGUAAUAUUACAGGUUGUUAUUAUUAUUAUGCAUAAUAAACUACAUUGCUAACUGGUGAUGAGUUUCAAUCAGCCCAUAGAUAAUGUGUACAUGGAUUGGACAUUUGGUGGUUUUCGGCGUAUGCCGGAAGUGAAUAUAUGUUACCGCAAUGGUUCUAUCCGGUUAUGACUUGUAAAACCAUUAAAACACAUUUGUUUUAUAUUAGUAAAAUUGUUUAAAAUACAAAUAAAAUAAAUAAUAGUUAUUAAUUAUUUCAUAAGUCGUUUAGAAAAACGUUAUAUUAAUGACCGCAGAUAAUCUAUAUUACCAUAAACCACUACUAUAACCACGAGUAACCAGUGUGGUAACAUAUAUUUUCUUUAGAAAUAUACCAUGUGCAUUAGGUAGACGGAAGUCCUAUCUAUGUAUAUGUUAUCUAUGAAUCCGCCAUUUAAUUCAAGGUUCAUGGUCCGUAGCAUCUACUUUUAAAUUGUGAUAAUUGUUAUAUCUGUGUAAUAUUGUUAACAGUCUUGAUCACCGCGGUAACAAUGAUAUAAAGACAGAUUCAAUAGUUAUCCUUAUCAAAAUAUAAAAGUAUAUGAUAAGGCCCACGGAUCACGAAUUGAAUGGCUGCCGUUCACUUUAUACGGACAGCACAGUGUCACCGGGUCUGAUGAUUUUAAAAUUAUUUCGGUAAUUGACGAAAAACGUUUACAAAUUGGGUGGUUUUAAACUAAUCAUACACGCUUAUUGGACUACGUUUAAUAUAAUAUUAUUUAUUAUAUUUUAAUAUUUAAUCUUCACCGCGUUAAUAUGAUAAAUCAUUCAUUUGUUUAUUAUUAAAUUUGCAUUGUUACUUUCCCGUGUAUGUAUACUUGUUAUUGACUAUUGUCUACGAUUACUCGGGAUUAUAGAAAACCGGAUGAGACAAUGCCAUUGUUCAUGUAGCUAUUGCCUAUUUGAUAUUUCAGCAUUUUACAUCCGAAUUGCCAAAUGUUAUUUUAUUAAUAAAUAUUAUUAUUUGUAUUAUAUUCAUAUCUAUGUUAAGACCUAACCUAACCUAGAUGAGGAAAACUGGUGAAUUUUGUAAAGAGUAUUUGGGUAACUAUUACUUACCGACGUGGCGACAUUGGUACAGUAUGAGUACAUAGCAGUAAACUGUCUAGUAUAAUAUUAUUAUCUAUACGCACGAUUAGUCUUUAAUAAAAAUCCUUAUCAAGUACGAUUGUGGAUUCAAACAAAUAAAAAGCGAUGCAAAGUAACUUUAAAAUCGUUAUAUUCUACAUUUUCAGUACCUUUAUACUUAUAUUUCAUUCAGAAAAAUCUCAUUUGAGUAUCUUUUAUUUAAUAAUAUGUAAAUAAAUACCUGUAUUUUAAUAUACGAGUGUUUAAAAAUAUAACUCGUGCGUUUUGAAUUGUACUAUUAAAUUGUUGUUUGGAUUCAAAUAAUCAAAUUAUUACUGAUAAGAAGUAAAUGCCGUUAAGAACUAAUCGUACGUAUAUUAUUAUAUGUGAAAUAGAUGGUUACUAUUCAUCUAUCUGUCUGUCUGUGGCGCGAAAAAAAGGUACCCACCGUUUCGCGCAUGCUGGCGGAGCUUAACGCCGCCGCCGUCGAAUACCGUCGCGCGCCGUUAGGUCACGUGUGCCUUGUAGUGGCAGGUUUAAACGAGGAGCGGCGCGAGGGGAUGCGCGUCACCGACCGGUUUUCGUUGAAACGCGGGGAACCUCUCUUUCGUGUGACGGAAUGUGGUUCGAAUAAUAAACGAUCAAAGGUCAGUUUAUUCUUUUCGUUUUCCGGCGUCAAAAACUGUUGUUUAAAUAUAAUAUUUAUUUCACUAUCUACAAUAUUAUAUAAAUAUUAUUAUGAUUUUCUCAUUCGUCCUUUAUUAUUAUUUUUUUAUUUUUAUAUUAUGUAUUAGUUAUGUCAUUUAAAGGUUUUAGUAUAGCGUGCAUUUUUUUUUUUCUGUGUGUCUAAAAGAUUUUUUAAACCAGAAGAAGCCACGCUCCGAUCAUUAAGAUUAUUUUUAAAGCAAAUUUUGUCCUGAUGUUUUGAUGUAUUGGGGAGAUUAUAUUUUUGAUUUUCCUUAUGUUGUUCAUAUCUAUUGGGAAAAACCGUGACGAAAUUUAAAGCAGGUUUUUUGAUUUUUGUUUUCAUUCAGUUAAAAAUAACAGUAGAUACCCGAAAUGCCACAGAAAAGUCUUUGCGAUAAAAAAUAUCAUUUAGAGAUCGACAUCGGUUUUUGCCAUCAGUGGCAAAAUGAUGUAGGCAAAAUUAUGUAGGUAGGAAAACAUACGUCUAUGCAUAAUAGGAAAAUGGCCACUGGUUUCGUCAUUUCUGAUUGGUUCCCGUUAUCAAUGAUAAAAUUUUGUCCACUCUUAUCAAUUAAUAUUUUAUAAUUUUAUACCAAGUUUUUCAAAAUAUGAGUAGGUACUUUACGUGAUUUCUUCAAAUUACCACAAGCUCCGAAUUACACUUCGUUACGUUUUUAUUAUUUAAAUACGUUUUACAGAACUUGUGCAAAUUCAAUUACCUAUGUAAUAUAUUUAUUAGUUAAGAGGGGGUGAUUAUCGAAUUUACUGUCUCAGUCCAACCGACGGGCAAUAUAACAAAAACACACUUACGCAGAUUGAUUAAAUUGGUAAACUUUCAAGUAGUUAGUGGUUACACUAAUCAGUGAAGUUUGUUGUAGAUUAAAUUGUCUUAAUAAUAAUAACGAAACUAUUUAACAUUUAAUGAUUAAAAAUUAAUCAUAAAAUUACUGGAUGUGAAUUAAAUUUUUGCAAACCGAUAAUUUAUGUUUUCGGUCAGCGUCUAAAUUACCCAAAUCGUUUAUCUCAAUUAUUGAUGAAAUUUCAAAACGAAAUCAUAUCUCCGGGGAAUUUCAUUAUUUCUGCUAACUAUACUCUAUUCCAUAUCGGUUAGGAGAAAUGUACGACGUAAACACGUCAUUGUUCGCGCAGGUGGGUCGCGUUGCCGACGUUGAGCGCGGUUAUAAACUGACUCGUCAAAACAACGAAUAUACGUAGUGAGUUGUAUUAUCAACAUUUCGCACUCUGCGUAUACCGAACGAACUACACCACGAUACGCUGUAAACACGGCGGUGCGCCGCAGCGACCGCCCGAUCGCGAUAAGAAACGACAGAUGCCGACGGCCACAGCCAAUUACAGCGGUUCGACCGUUCCGGCGGCAUUUAUGCUUACGCGAGUUUCUUCAAACUAAUGUCGAAUAGAGUGUAGAAUUUAAUCCAUUCUAAUAACAAUGUUUUUACGAAAAUUGACACAACGUGCUGCGGUCUGUAUCUAUUGAUAAAAGACCCGGUGGUCACUCCCUUAUUAUAGACUCUAGGCCACACCCAUACGCAGUUGCUACUCAGAAUGUGAAAGAGGAAAAUACUAUUAUAUAGACUGUUAUUGUUUAUUCCUUAACUCAGGGUAUUGUUCAAAUUAAGAUAAUAUCUUAGUUUGUGACACGAUCAUAGAUACUUUGGUUGCCUAAGUUAAGCCCAACGACCUAGGAAAAAACGUCCACCGAAAUUAUUAUUGAGAUUCCGUUGGAUUCUUGACCGUUAGUGACAGUGUGAGAAAAUAUCGAGUUAUGAAAUCCUGCAAAUUCUAUUUUGACCUUGAAUAUUAAAUUAUUUUAAUAACGAUAAAGAGAUGAGAUAAUAUCUUAAUUUAUUAACUCUGCAUUAUCUCAUACCGCUACAUGAGAGCUAGCAGCCAAGAAUCUAGCUGAUUAUAAAUAGUAUCACAUCAGUGGCCGUUUUUUGUCUAUCAUAGCGUAGGCUAUAAUAUCAAAAUUAUCAAGAAAAUUCGAAAUUCAGAGUUAAAAUGUUAAGUUAUUGUUUUACUAUUAAACAAAAUUGUUUUAUGACUUAUUACAUUCAGUUUAUGUACUCUUUUUUUCCUUCUGUCUAUUUGUUAGUAUCAUGUGUAUAGGAAUCUUAGUAAGGGGCAUUCUUACCUCUUACUAUCCCUUUUUUUCUGUUUAAAAAUAAUACUUAUACUUCGGGUAAUCCCUAUUAUUUCUUUUUAUAAGAAAAUUAUUUACAUUUUUUAUACACAAAAACUUUAAUAUUCCAAUUAAAUACUGAUGAUUUUUUAGGGAGUUACAGAACACCUUGUAAAAAUUAAAUGUGGUGUUACUAGUAUACACUAAAUAAUACACUUGAUACUUUGAAGUUAAAACAUUUUAUACCUAUCCAAAAAUUGAUGAUAAGACCAUGAUCUAAUCUGGUCUUAUGUCCCAGUUGAUUAUAGAGCUCCUCUGUACGUUGAACAAAAUAUGCGUUGUUUGCUGUGAGCAUUUUUCAACUAUGGUGGUCUAUAAUAUUAUAAUAUACAAUGACUUGAAUAUUUUGUUGAUUUUGAUAUUUGUGUAAAAGUAAAUAACAUAAAAUAAUAAACACCUUUGUUGGGUUAUUUUUUAUCUCAUCUCUAAUGAUUUUAAAUCUGAAUGAGUCAUAAAUGUUUAAUCAUAAUACUAUAAGGCUCUUAUUUGGGAGUUUUUUACAUCUUUUGUUUGGUAGGUAUUAUAUGGAUAAAAAAGUUUUACAAAACAUAAGUGUUUGAAAAUAAAAUACAACACAUUCAUAAUAGUUCGUACUUUGAGAUCAAAAUAAAAUAGUUGAACUCAUAGAGUCAUUUUUUCUUAAAACCAUUAAGAUUAAAUUUUGAUGUAAAUUGUUUUAUUAUUUUUAUGUAUGAUAAAAUCAUUAAUUGUGUAAAAUAAAGUAUCGUUGCAAUAACCUUUAGUCAAGAGCAAGAGCUGCAGUGUUGGUAAACAAUUAAUUCACAAAUUAUAUUUGUUUGUGUCAUAAAUUAUAAGAUAAGGAUCUCAAGUGACUACAGAAAAGCAAAAAAAUGUAUAAAAGAAGUGAAACCAAUCUCAUUAUAUGUAAUAUCUAUAUUAUAAUAUAAAAACUAUGUACAAUUGUUAUGAAUUUUAAUCAGUAAUUAAUUUUUACUAUAUAUCACAUAAUUUAUAAUGUACGUAUUUUAUAGGAUAAUCUAUCUACAUAAUAUGUCCUUAAAGUAUAGUAUUUGACAAAUUUCAUACCUCUUAAAUUGGAUUCACAGGGUAAAAUAUUUGAAGGAUUUGUUAACCAUGUGAUUAAUGAUAGGUUUGUUAUCAUCUUUGCUCCCAUAAAAUAAUUUAGUGGUAGGCUUUAAGUGGUGAAUACUUCUAGAUUGGUAGGUUAGGUUAUGGUAAGGUAAGGUAAAGCUAGGUAAGGAUUGGUAAGGCAAAGUAUGAUUGGUAAGGUGAUUAAUGUACGAUUAAGUUUUUUUAUUAUUAUUAUUCAUACCUUGUAUGUCAGGAGAAAAUUUAAUAAGUUUGAUACCUUUGAAUUAUUUUAAAUUAAACACUUAUUUGUAUGCUAUUGAUUUAACUUUAAUCUAAAUAAAGUAUUGAUUCAGUAAUAUUUAUAUUGUAUUUGUAAAGAUUUAUCUCUUUUUCAUGUCAAUAAUAAAAGGAAUUAGUAAACCAUGCCUCUAAAUUACUAUUAGAUACCUACAUUUUUAAUUUUUCUUUCAGUUUAUGAAAAAUAUGUAAUUUUGUAAAUAUUAUUUCUAGUUUAAAAAAAACAAACUUUGUCAACAUUUUUGUGAACAAUUAAAAAAAAAAAAUUAGUUAAUAAUAUUCAUAGUGCAAUAAAAUUUGGACAGAAAACUUAUUAAAUUUGUCUUUUCUAGACAUAGUCAAACUGCAAAAAUAUUUGAGUCAUUUUUUAGCUUUUUAUAGGUUAUUUAAUUUUGUGAGGAAUUUUCAUUUGUUAGGUACUCUGUGGAUAAAAUUGCUUACUAAACAGAAAUGCUUGAAAAUUGAACAGGAGAUUCAUUAGAAGUGGUACUUUGUGGUAAAAACAAAAAAAAAAUUAAGUUUCAUAUAGUAUUUUUUUUAAUAAGAAUUUUAAUAUCAAAUUUAACAAAAAUUGUUUUAGUAAAAAGUUAUGUGGAAUAAAUCUAGUAACUGUUUCAUACUAAUUGUUUAAAUUUAUUAUAUUUAUUUUAUUAUAAUAUAACUUAUAUAUUGUUGAAAAAGUAAUACUAUUAACCGAGCUUCAUUCAGAAUUAUUUUUCGUUAGCAAUGAUUAUUCAUCUUUGCUUACAGGUAUACAUUAAAUUCCUCUCUUUAUCUUACCUUCCCAACUUCCUCAUCUACAACAGUGGUCCACCCAUCGUGCAAAGUAUGUCUGUCUUUUUUUGAAAUAUUUUUUCCACCAAGUAUGACACUUAAAAUAUUUUGAAAAAUGUUGAUCAUGUGAACCAGGCUUUUCUUAAUCGUACACUGGGUUAUCUAGUAGUUUUAAACAUUGAUGACACGCAGACCUAACAAAGUAACACUUAGUUAAUAAAAAAAAUAAAAAUAUAUUCAGGCCAAUUAAUGUUGGUGGGCCAACAAUUUCUAACAUUUUCUUGGAGUUAAUAUGAUAUUCAGUAUAGGCAUAAUUAGACAUAUUUUAUCUUUUAUUAUAUUAGUUAAUGCCUUGGUUUUAGUAUCUACCUAAUUUAAUUAUUAUGCAUUAGAAUAUAUCAAGUACUAAAUAUGUAUUUACAACAAAUAUGUUUGAAUGUAUUUAUUGUUUUAAUGAGAGUGAUAAUCUUGUUUUUGUUGACAAAGAAUAUCGGUAUUAGGUUAUAUGUUAUCAGAAAUAACUCAUAUUAUAUUUCUUUUUAUAAUAUCUUAGUGAAUUGAUUUAGGGAAGGUAUAAGAAUAAUAAUAAGGUAUGAGAUCAAUGGUAAAAUAGAAAAUGUAUGAUAAUUAAUAAUGUAAGAUUAACACUUUUUACUUUUUAUAGUAUAGUCUCUUGAAUAUUAUUGAAAAUGAUUUCUAUAUUUGUAUUUCAAGGAAUGACUCUAUUAUUUUGUGUGGGAAUAUGACUGUUUGGCGAUAAAAAAUUAUUGAAAAUAAUUAUUUCUGUUUGUAGUUAACCUAACCUGAAAUAUAUAAGUCCUUUCAAAUGAAAAAAAUUGCAUACAUAUUAUAACAUAGGUAUAUCACAAUAAAGAUUUCAGUAAUUAAAAAAAAAAAAUAUGAGUGUAUAUUGGAAGUAUAUCAAAUGUGAUAUAAUAUUGUAGCUUUGAAGUAAUUCCUUAUCAUUUUUUGAUUAUAAAUUAAAAUAAAUGUAUGGCCUAUUGAUUAUAAUUAUAUUGUUAUUUAAUAUGAAUUUAAAAUGAAUUAAUAGUAGAUACAUAUUUAAAUAAUUUAAAAAAAAAAAAAAUGCAACCUACAUAAAUAAUUUUUUUUUAUUAAAAAGAUCAAAAUAGUAUUCACCAUAAUGUAAUUUUUGCUUUUAUUGCCAAAAAAGCAUUUUGACAAUUAUAGUCCCAUUUUGUUGAUAAAUUAUUUAAUAUUCAUAUUUUACAAAUGUUUAGUAAUAAUAUUAUUAUUAAAUUAUAAUACAAUUUUAUUAAUAAUUCAUUAUUCUAACUAAAAAAAUAUUUAAAAAAUGUAUACCUUAUGAACAAAUAUAAUUGUAUUACCAUCACUUAAACAUUUUUUUAUAUUCUAGAACCUACUUUAGGUAGGUACAUUUUGAGUUAAAAGAUGUUAUUUAUUUAUCAAAACAAAUUGCAUGGAAACAAAUGAUGCAGCUAUUUUAUAAAUUAAAAAACUGUACUCGAUUGUAAUAUUUUAAGAAUCUCAGUUUCUUCAGUACAAUAAUUUUAAGUUGAAAUCUUGAAUUAAAUAUUAAAAUAGACUAUUGUUAGUUUUUAUUAGUUUUAAUGUGUAAUAGAUAGGUAUUACAACUGCAGGUAGGUAGGUAGGUAGGUAUCAUGUUUUAAAUUAAAUUAUUUUAGUAAUGUAUAGACAUGUUAUUCCAAUAUAUAGGUAAGCAAUACAUUUUUGUUUUUAAAUUUAAUAAAAACUAAGUGUUUUUGAAAGGAACAUUAUAACUACUAAAUAUUUAAAUUUGAUAAAGAAAGAUCUAUAAGAUAAAUUAAAUUUAACAAUUUUUAAUUAGGUAUUAUUAUUUUGAGUGUUGAUAUUUUCUACAUCUAAGUAUAAGUUAGAAUACUUAUUUUUUUUUUACUUGUAAUUAAUUUUCUUAUUAAAAAUACAGAAUUAAAUUACUACAAAAUUAUUAUUAAAUAUAAAUUAUCUUUAAAUUUAAAAUAAGGAUAAUUAUUAAUAAUUGUCAUCAAAUUUGCUUUGCAAUAAUCAAGUAUACCGUUUAUUAAUUCUUCCCUUGUUAUCUUGUUAUUAAUUUUUGAAAAAAAUAAAUAAUUGAUAAAAUAUUCAUUAUAAAUUGAUGUUAUUUAUUAGCUAAUUCUAUGUGAAAUCAAUUUUUACAUCAUCUGAAGAGUGCACUGAUAAAAAUAUAUAUAUAUUUGCUUUUUUUCUUAAUAUUUCUUCAAGUGUGAGUGUUUUUACUUUCGCCCAUAUUUUAAAUGUUUUUUAUUUUUAAAUUUUGAUUCUUAUGCAUCUUCCUAUUGUUUUGAGACUUAUUAAAUUAUAAUUUCAUUUAAAUUAAUAGCAGUGGUUCUCAACCGGGGUGACAUGGACUCAGUGUACUCAGUGACACAAAAUCAUCGAGAAAAGCAAAAAAAUAAAAGAAUUUUUAAUUGUUUAGAAUAAUAUCAUAUUAUUGUCUUCACUUUCAUCUAACCACCAACACGGUUAGAUCAUCAUAAUAUUCCGUGCCAAUCACUCACUUUUUAACGAUACCAUUGCUAGAAUUUCCUAUAAUUUUAAUGGACUAUGCAUUGGCAGGACAACUCGGUUUUGGAUUAUUGUGGUUAAGGGUGACACGAAUAAAUAAAGGUUGAGUACCACUGAAAUAAAGAAACAAUUGCAGUUUUGUGAAAUGUAUUUAAAAAAAAAAAAAUAUACAGAAAGAAAUUAUAAAAAUCAGAACAAGGUAAUUGAUCAUAUUAUAUAAAUAUUUAGAACAAUCUGAAUAAGCAUCAAUAAAUUAUCAAAUAUUUUUAAAGCUUUUUAAACUAUAGAUUGUUUAACCAAUGCAACUAAAAAAAAUGUAUAUACAGAGUGAUUCAUUUAACUGGAAACACUCAUAAUCUUGGAAAGUAAUAACUGUUUUGCCUUUUUUUUUCAAAACUGAAAAAAAUAGUUAUAAAAUGUUACAUUAUCAUUAUUUUUUUUGUCACCCUUAUUUUUGAAGAUGAAAUGACUACCUUUUGGUUGUUAAAUGGUAUAAAUAGACGGAGUAUUAAUUUAAAUGAAUGUCUGUGUUGAAAUUUUUGAUUUCCGUCAGCCCGUAUACGAGGUAUUCCACUUUUAAGUUUGGGUAGGGAAAAGUAGUAAAGAAACAUUUGUGUGACGUCACGGUGCGCGGCAUUGUAAUAAUGCACCAGUACUCUCACCCGACCUAAACUUAAAAACCGUAAAUUUCGUCAAUUGGUUGACGGAAAUCAAAAAUGUUAGCAUUAAAAUGUAUUUUAAUUAAUACUCCGUGUUUGUUUAGGGUAUUUUCAAUAUAGGUUGCUAAAUAAAAAUCAAAAGUAGGUAGUCGUUUCGUCUCCAAAAAUAAGACUGACAAAACAUUAACACUAAUGUAAAAUUGUAGAGCUGCUUGUUUCUUUUAAAUGUUCUGUAAAACAAAUUUCGAAAAAAUUUAAUAUUUUCCGAUAUAACGAGUGUUUCCAGUCGAGUUAAUUAUCCUUGCAUUUAUUAGACUUCAAACUUGAAUAUGUUUAAAUAAGAAUUAAUUGAAAUCCUUUCAAAUUUGGGAUAUUUGGGAGUUUUGUUCGAAAUUCUCUUGCCACCGAUGUAACCUAACCUAUCAACUAUCAAAUGACGAAUAAUAAUAAUAAUUGUCGAAGAAUAUUGUCGUGUACGUUUAACACGGUAUAUUCGAUGCGUGUUUUUCUUCGUGAACGCAUUGAAAAAAUAUUAGUUUUUAUUUAUGUAUUUAUGCGGCGGAUAAAAAAAAACAACAGAUUGACUGACAUACUUCGCACGACGGGUGGGCCACUGUUGUAGGUGAUAAGUUGGGAAUUUAAUGUACUUUAUCGAUUAAUCAUUGCUAACGAAAAACGAUUCUGAGCGAAUAUCGGUUAUACAUGUUUUAAAUAGCCGUGAUAUUUACAAUUUUCGUCAAAAUUUCAUAUUAAAAUUCUUAUAAAAAAAAAAAAUAAAUAAUAAAUAAAUACUACAUUAAACUCUACUUUUCCUUGUUGACCACUAAGUACAACUUCUAAUGAACCUCCUGUUCAAUUAUCAACCAUUAAUUCUAUUUGGUCUAACAAUUUUAUCCGCAGAGUACCUAUCUACCGAAUGAAUAUCAUGCCAAAACUCGCAAAAUUAAAAUGUCCAUAAAAUAAUAAUUCCAUUAUUUCGACGACUGUAAGGAAAUUUUAAAAAAAAAAAAAAGACCUCGGUCCCGGAAAAAUUUCCUUUCAGAAAAUGUGUGCUACACUUGAAAAUCGGAACAAGAUUUCCGGUAGAAUUUUUGUACGCCGUACAGAAAAAGAGAAAAAAAACCCCCCCAACGAUAAUAAAAAUAUUAUAAGUUGCCGAUUUUCCCGUCCGAAUCGCGUUUUACGCGUACCUACAGACUACUGCGAACGACAGCUGCAUGCGAAUCACGUCUAGAUAAAAAAAACAAUACGUUGCUACGACGACGCGCGUACCCGAAUUGUUACUGUUUUUUUUUCUAUACUGGUUUCCAAGUUGCUUCCGCAAAAAUAAUAAUUAUUCCAUAAUAUUGUUUUACGUUUGUCGAUAUUAUUAAUACGUACCGUUUAAUAUCUGGUUAAUUAGCCCAGUCUUCGACACCUUAAUUAUUAAUGUAAAUACCAAUCUAACAAUUAUUUUUUGUUGGAAAUUCCUUGAUUUGGUCACCGUUUAAACGUACCUACCAACCUAAUAUUAAUAAAUUUCCACUUGGUUAGUGUAAAACCACGUAACAGUUUGAAAUUGCAGAACCUAUAAUAUAGUCGGCUUAUAGUAUGGACGCAUAAGCUAUAAUAGGUAAGUAUAGACCGUAUUAUUUUUUUUUUUUUUUAGAAGAAAAAAAAAUAAAAUAAAAAACCCGAUUAGAUGUAACGUUGUAUCCUUGAUGGCUAUAAAUUUAUUUUUCCCGAACACUUAUGAACAACAGCGAGGUCGUGUUUAAAACGUUUACGUACCUACCCAAGUUUUAUAAUGUAUAAUACCUACCAUAUUUAUCUGCAUAGUUUUACCCGCACCAUUUGUGUACGAGCGACUGUCCUCGGUCAGUGAAACCGGGAAGGAAAAUGUGUGUAUAGGCACAUCAAUAAUUAUUAACGGGAAAAAAACCAUUCGACCAUUUUUGUUACGUACGAAAUCCAUUCGGAUAGCGCCUAUUGUUGAAACUCGCGCGUCUGUUUCGCAAUACAAUGUAGGUAGGUAGGUAGGUAGUUAGGUAGUUAGUUAGGUAGGUAGGUAGGUAGGUAGGUAGGUAGGUAGGUAGUUAGGUAGGUAGGUAGUUAGGUAGGUAGUUAGGUAGGUAGGUAGGUAUGUAUGUAUGUAUGUAUUAUUAUCGUCGUCAUUAAUAUCAUUGUUACUGAACUGAACGUUCGCGUUAAAUAUCGUCAGGACGCAACGUAUUUAAUAUCAUCUCAAUGUUAUACAAUUUGAUAGCCGAUUACUAAAGAUGGACGGAACAAUAAAUUCGACGAACCAUAUAAACGCCCGCGAUAAACGUAAUAUUAUUGAUAGUUAUGCCCACGUGUGUUAUCGUUCGUAUAUUGUAUAAUCGUCCACCGGUUUUCAGACAAAUAAUAUCACGUAUAUUUACAAGUCUGUAUGAUUAUUCGGUCGUUGUUAUUAUACGACGUGCGCGCGCGCAUAUUGUGCAGACCGGAUGACGGUCGCCGUUUAUUUCAUUUUUACCAUCGCGGCACACGACCCGCAGCAUAGCCCCGCUGCGCCGUCGACUUGUUUGUCCGCUGCGCGUUGUGAUUUGUCGCUGCCGCCUGUACCCACGUGGUUCUAUCGAUAACGCGACGUCUCGGCAACGCCGCACCACGUUCGAACGGACCGGCAACGCUACCACGUCCACUUCCCCCUCCCCGACACAGCGGCGCCGUUUCUCGGCACAACGUCGUGUAACGGCGGCCGUCCUCUAUACGCCGCACCGCGCUCUGCCCCUCCCGGACCGUUGUAUCGGCACGCCGUUCCGAAGUUCCACGCUCUAAACCGGCUGCCGGCCGACCGACCGCGUAACCUCCCCCCCACUACAUUUUUCGCGUCGCGUUUUUGACAAUUCAGGGCCAGUGACCGACGCCAUUUCGAGUUCUUGCGUUUUCGGUGCACGCCAUUCGCUUUCUCUUCUGUCGUUACGAAUUUCUCAACCGGCAGAUGUGUGCGUUCAGGCUAGUCACAAAUAGUUGCGAUUAUUAUUUCGUCAGAGAGAUAACCGAGAAAAAAAGGUACGUAGUAUAAAAUAUCUUUUAACGGUGAGUGAUUCAAAAUAUGAAAAUGUGUCCGCCAUUUUACUUUCGAAUGUUUGAGGUUAUCGCGCGCUCUACUUGACGUUUUCCAUCUUGUUCUUUCCUUAAUUCAUUAUUAUCGAUCGCUAUAGAUUUUCUCAUUUUGCCGUUUUAAACGUUUUAAUUUUACACAAUUAUCAAUUAUUUAUUUAGCCAAAGAUCUAUCUUGGUCGGUUUUUAUACUCUCCCCUACCACUGCUUGUUCCGCCCUUCGUAACCACGUGGUCAUAACCAAGCCCAUCAUCACUGUAAUAAUAUGGCAUAUAGUUAAUAUUCGCUAUUCGCAAAAUUAGGGAUUCGAUUGUGGCGCGACCAGUGAUUGAAAUUUGGUUUCCAUUGCACAUGCGCGAUAUUAUGUAAUAAUAUGGCGGAUAACAAACCACGAGGUGUACAUAUUAUUCAUAACAUUUAUGAAUUCUGAAAACUUAUGUUAUUAUUUUAUCUAUGCAUCUGUAUCAUAUACAUACACACACAAAAACAUUAUUAUCACUGACCAUAUUGAAGUGACUACGUUUUUUAACAAGAUAAGUUAAUAUGAUUUUAUUUUGUGAAUUUAUAAUUUCCCAAAUUGACUUGCUGUUAUAUAUCACUAUAUAAAUUAAAUUUUAAAACAUAGUUUUUAUUUUUAUUUAUCAUAGAAUGACAAACUUUUUAUUUUAAUUUAUAAAUUAGUUUUUUUUUUACAACAGUUAUUAAAUUAUAAAUUUGAAUUCUUGUUAAACAAGAACAUUUAAAUUUUGUUUUUUAAAUUUUUUUAAACGUAUAUUUUAUUAUAUAAUAAUGUAUAUAUUUGGAAAAUAAUAGAAUGCAUAAUAGUAAGACAUUUUUUUCGUGAGGAAAUUAGAUUAAUGUCAUUAAAAAUCGGGGAAGUUUAGAUAAAAGGUUUAAUGGGAAAUUUUAGUAAAUUAGAGAAAUAUUGGUUUUUUGGUGAGAUUUUCCAUUUCAUCUACAUAGCAACACUGCACUCUACCAAGAAAUGACAAUGAACAUUCAUUGUAGUCUAUUUUGAAUACAUGCGUAUGUGUACUCAAAUUAACCUGCGAUUGCUGUGCGUUAUAUGCUGCGCGUUAUAUGCUGCGCGUUAUUCAUUUUGGAAGUGCGAUUUCUUAGAACGCGUUGAGAAAACAUGUGGCCUUAAAAAGAAAUAAAAUUUGUGGUACACAACAGUGGUUGAAGAGUGCUGUGUUAGCCCAUUGCGAUCUAUUGCUCUUGUAGUGAAGAAGUUCUUUUAUAUUCGGGGUUAAGGGAGGAAUGUAUUGGUUUUACUGUGAUGUUUAUAAAAGUGUAGCAUAUUUUCUGAAGGGAAAUUUUUUUAUAGAUGGUACUUUAUGAAAACUAUUUUUUUGAUUUUCCAAGUGGUUUUUAUUAUUUAUUUUUUAUUUUAUGUGUAUAUGUUUAUUUUAUGUGUUAUAUAUAUAUAUAUAUAUAAAUGGGCUAGUGUCUAAUUAAUAAGGUACAUAACAUAAUAUUUAGUAUAGUAAAAAUAAGAAUGGAAAAUAUAAUUAUAUAUUAAGGAAAUAGGGGUGGUCCUCAUUUUUUCUAGUUUCAUUAGCUGAUUGAUUGGUUGAUUCAGCAUAUAAUUCGUUGUGUAAAGAGGAACGUAGAAAGAAAUUGUAUAGCGAGUAGGUCAUAUAGGAACUAUAAAAUUAUCAAGUGAAAAAAGAGAGAGAGAAUCAAUGGCGGAAGAGAUAAGUCUUUUUAGGAAGGACAUUGUGAGAGUAACAAUAGUCUGCUAAAGAAGAUACUUUGAUACUUUGAGUUUGAUUUGGAUAGGAGAAUAAUUGUGAGGUGUGUAGGGUAUGUUUAAAUCAUAACUGGAAUAGUUCAGAAAUUUCCUUUAGACGCUUUCAAGCUGCUGAUACAAAUCAGCACCGUAGGAAUACAAACCACCGAACCGUACUCAAGAAUCAGUCUGACGAGAGCGCAGUACAGGGGAUUUUAGUGAACCGGUAAAUUUAAAUUCACUUGAAAUCCUCUAAAUCCCAGUAGUUUAUAUGCUUUGCACGUAAUGCUAUUGAUUUGUGAACGUGGAAAUGGGAAAGUUGUAAAUAUGAAUUAUAAUGAAAUAUUUUAAUUAGGAAAAUUCGUUAAAUGAAAAUUGACUAAUCGUAAUUAUUAGGAAUAUUAUACCAGAAAUCAAAUGACUUUUUCACAUAGAAACUAGACAAAAUUUAUUUUCAGAAAAUGUUAUUCUUUGAAUGUGAACAAAGAUUUCUGGUAGAAAAAUAUAGUCUUAAAAAAUUGAAAUAAUGAAAUUGUUGAGCCAUAAUUUGAAAAAAUCGUUUUUCGUUCUUUUUGGGUUUUUAAAAAUUAUUAUGAAAACUACUUUGGAUAUCAAAAAAUUACUUUUUCGAUUUACGAUCUUUAUCGUGUGUUACAUUUGCGUGGAGUUACACCCUCAUUACACCCUGUGUAAAAACAAACAUAUUAAUACGAAUAAACUAAAGUUAUUUAAUGCAUAUUAUUGACUACAUAUAAACUUGUAACGGUGCGUAUUUUUUUUAUAAAACGUUUUGAUAUUAUUUUAUUUUGUUUAUGAUUAAUAUUAUUUUGCACACGUUUCAUUUGGUUUCAUUACCGGGAAGUGUGUGCCGUUGACGUCAUCUGCUUGAUAGUUGGUUGCUUUUUGUUUCUCUCAAACGAGUCGUAGUUGUCUGACCUUUUGGAUAGAUAAGUAAUUUUUUUUCCCAUCAUUAUUCCUUAGAGCGUAUUCACAAAUCAACGAUAUUAUCGUCGACGGUGGGGAACGAUAUCACCUGAUCACCGAUUUUCGUACUCAGUUCGUACGUGUACACUGUUUCGUAAAAUACUAGUUCGUAGUAUCACUUUGUUUCAUGUAUUACGUUUUUUUGUUCUGCCCUUGUACUGUGUGGAUGUUUUGUCCCAAAAAAUUGGCCUAGAUUCCACUAAUUCAAUUAAUGUUAGAAUAUCGUAUGAAGAACUAAUUUUAAAAAUAAUAAUGAAAAAAAAAGUUGAAUAAUUAUAUUUUUAUCAACCAGGUAUUUAUCUUUAUUCUUUUCUAUCAAAAUAAUGAACAAAUUAAAGAAAAUUGAUAAAACUAUUUCGGCACGACAAUAUUAUCUGUCAUGUGGUGAAAACCUACUAUCUGUAUUGGUCAAUGAAAUCGGAAUGAUAAAAAUAUCUUCCGAUACUGGUCAUCAGUCCGACAUGUGCACACCAGUAUCAUCACACUUAUUUAAUAUUUUUAUCAGAUCUGUGUCAAUGUGAAAACCGUCCAUUUAUAAAACAACACAAUUUUACUUCAAUCGACCCCGAUAAUAUCGGUGAAUGUGAAAACGCCCUUAUUCUUAAUCUAACUGUGGCCAUCAACUUUUAUCAGUGUGUUUUUAAUGACAUUCAGUUGGGCCACGGCAUCGACGUUGCUAGAUUUUGAUAGAAGUGAACGUUGCCAUAUUUCAUUAAGUUUUAUUAUUGCUUUUUUCUUGGAAACCACGGUCUUAGAUUAUUAGGUCUUACAAGUCUGUGUCAGAAGUGAUGCUCUUAUUGUCCUCUUCGAUAGGGCCCGCUCUGAAAGCGCUAUUUGGCGAUGAAAUUUAAAUCUAUACAAAUAGUGCAAAUAAGAUCGUGGUGUAAGCCCCAAUUGUGGGUCCCACUCUAGUGGCACGCUCUAGUUGCAAAAUUUAUGAUAAACACAAACAUAUAGAUCAUAAUGGUUAAUGCAUAAAAGUAUGCAAGAUUCCUACAAGUAUAUAAAUUAUUAGCAUAUUCUAUAUUUAAACCUUCAAAAUAUGGAAACUGUACUGUAGAGAGAGAUAAUCUCAGAGAGAAUCUUAUUAAAAUAUCUGACAUAAAAAGUAUAUAUUCUAAUAAUGAUUUCUAAGUUUUUGAAAAACUUAGAAUAAGACUAGACAAUAUUAUAAAUGAGAAGAUAAAUGGGAGUUUACUGGCAUAUUUGAACAUAAUUAUUCAUUAGCCCCUAUUUUUGAUUAUUUCAAAUAUUAUAUUGUAGGGUAUUUAAGUUACUAAAUCAAAAAACGAACAAAUUGCCCAAAAUGUAAAUCCUAUUUCGAACUAUUAACUAAAAUACCAUGAUCUAGGAUAGGAAGUUGCAUAGGCUUGUUUGAAAUUAAUACUUAACUGUCUUAAAAAUAAUAAUAAUAAUAAUAAUAAUAUUUAUUUUAAAUCAGUUGAAGAAACUUAUCAAUUUUCUUUUUUUUAUACUUUUAGGUUUUGUUCAUAAUAUUAUUGCCCCAUGUGUGUGGUACAUAUUUUGUACAGUUUAUCUUUUUUUUGUUCGGCUCAUCAUUUUUACAAUUCCAAUUUCAUGGUUGAAUAAUUAGGUAUGUUGGCAUCACAACUGAUUUUGUUACUGUGCUGAGCAAAAAAAAAAAAAAAAAUUGCACAGUCAUAACGCUAUAAUUUUGGUUUUUAUCUUUGUAUGGUAAAUACUGAACAUAUUGCUACAUACCUAGUUAAUUAUUUAGUUUUUAAAUCAAAUAAAUACCUAUAAUAUUCUACUCUCCCAAUAACAAUGCUUAAAAAUUAAAAUAUCAAACCUAUGCUGUUGCACAGACUUUAUUUUAUUGUUUAAGUUUGAUAAUAAGUCAAUUUACUUUAACGUUAAAACAAAUUGUUCUUGCCGAAUGCAGAACUACCAUGGCAUACAUUUUUAAGACUAAGAUAGUGAAUGGAGAUGUAGUGUUCUCUUAAAUAACAUUUAUAUCCUACAAUGAAUUGUCUGUACUUAUGAAAAUGCUGUACUUAGUUGAAUUUGUCGUUGCAGAGGUCUGACAAUUUACAAAUAGGGCCAUGCCGUGUGUAUAUCGAAUCAGGGUUACCAAAAGUCAAGCCCUAGAGAAUACUUGACAAAGCUGGGUUUUUUAAACAAUUUACUUUUUUUCAGGUCGAUUAAUGGAUUACCUUGGUAACCCGGAAUUGAAAAUACAAACAGUUAAUAGUUAUUGGUUUAGUUGGUUGUCAUGAACAAGGAAAUACUAUUUUUAAAAAUAAAUUACCGGGCAACAAUGUUUUACUGUGGCUGUUCUAGGGAUGGGAGUGGAAAUGAGAAGACGGGAGACAUUUUUUUAUUUGUUCACUACUCUUUACCAGAAAAACUAUGUGGAACAUCUAAUAUUUAAAUAUAAUUUACAACUAGUUUUGGCUAUAGACCAUCUGGUAACAAAAAAAGUGUCCUAAAUAUAAGAACUAAACUAUAUAUAACAUUAUAUUACCUCUUUUACUUGUAAGUGAUAUAUCAAUUGUGCCAGCAUGAACUCCGCCCAACUUUCACUGACUGUUGAUGAAAUGAUACUUAAUAUAUACCAUAAAUAACAGCACAUUUCUACCAUUUAAAAAUAUUUUGUCAUAGAAAUUUUAAGUUUGAAAUUAAAGAGUAGAAUAAAUGGUUAUAAUAACUAUUAUAAUAUACAAAAUCAAAUAGUAGAUAAUUUUCAUUUUUAAUAGUUUUAAUUUCAAUAUUUCGAUGACUUCAGAAAUAAUUUUUGGUUACACUGAAUAUGAAGAUUGACGAGACCAAUACGAGAAUGCAGCAAAACUUGGAAAAGCAAAAUUUGUAGUUUGAAAUACGAGGCGUGGCUAUUAAAUAACGAGACUACUCGCCUAAAGGACGCCCUAGAGGGGUAGUAAAAAAAACGAGUUAUGCGUUGGGUAUCUAGAUAUCUUAUCUAUGCACGUACCAAAACACGUUUUCGUCACUAUUAUUGUAUUUGUGCAGUUGUGGUUUGAAACGAACGUGUUUUUUUCUCGUGCCGAAAACCAUGUGUGACGAAAAACAGGAGUAACGUAUCAAUCUCAAAUUUCUCGUUAAAUUGAAAAAAACUCCGACCGAGUGCUAUAAAUUGUUGCAAGAGGCCUAUGGAGGCAAUUCUCUAUCUCGUGCACGUGUUUUUGAGUGGUAUAAGCGCUGCAGUGAGGGCCGAGAGAGCACUGAAGAUGACAAGCGCCCAGGUCGCCCUGUCACUGUUUCAACUCCGGAAACAGUGACCAAAAUCAACCAAAUUGUGCGUGCAGAUCGUCGAAUGAGCAUUCGGAUGAUUGCCGAGGCUGUAAACGCCGAUAAAGAAACGGUUAGAAAAAUUUUACAUGAGGAAUUACAUAUGACAAAAGUCUGUGCGAAGUUGGUGCCAAAAAACCUGACUCCUGACCAAAAGUUCUUGCGNAACCAUGUGUGACGAAAAACAUGAGCAACGGAUAAACGUAAAAUUUUCUCGUUAAACUAAAAAAAACUCCAACUGAGUGCUAUAAGUUGUUAAAAGAGGCCUAUAGUGAGGAUUUCCUAUCUCGGGCGCGUGUUUUUGAGUGGCAUAAAUUAUUUUCUGAAGGUCGAGAGUGCACCGGAAUCCAAUUCAGUCGUAAUCCAAAUUCAAAACCGUUUUCUUCGAUAUCAACGGCAUCGUGAUGACUGAAUGGGUUCCAGAGGGUCAGACUGUCAACCAGAUUUACUAUUUAUCAGUUUUGGCAACACUGCGAGAAAGAGUUCGUAAGAAACGUCCCGAGUUGUGGAUUUUGCACCAGGACAACGCACCUGCCCAUAACGCGCUAUCUGUGAAGCAGUAUUUGGCCAGUAUUUAAUUUAAUAUAUUUAUAUUAAGCGCACUCCAGUGCUCGAACACGCGCCGUACUCGCCAGAUUUGGCACCAUGCGACUUUCUUUUGUUUCCUAAGAUAAAAUCUGCUUUGAAAGGGACCCGAUUUGAAUCGAUGGAAGCGGUAAAGCAAAAAACGGCAGAGCUCCUAAGCAAAAAACGGCAGAGCUCCUAAAAGCCCUCACCAAAGAAGACUUCCAGCACUGCUUUAACGGCAGAGCUCCUAAAAGCCCUCACCAAAGAAGACUUCCAGCACUGCUUUGAUCAAUGAAAAAAACUUAUGGAAAGGUGUGUGGCGAUGGGAGGGGAGCAUUUGAAUGUAGAAUAAUUUUUAUAAUAAAACACUUUUUCGUAACCAGUCUCAUUAUUUAAUAGCCACACAUCGUAUGCAUUAUAACGUCACGUGGAUCAGCAAACACAUAUUAUGUAUCCUUAUCACUUAAUUUAGUGAAAUUAUAUAGGGAUAUAAGCUUAAAAAUGUUUUUUUCAUUGAAACUUACUGUGGAAAUUUGAAAAAUUUAAAAAUUGUAGUAUUAAAUUCGGUGUUAUUAUGUAACUAUGUAAUUGCAUCUAAAUAAUAUUUAUGGCUUUCUCUUAAUUUUUAGAUUAGAAAGAAUCCUUUUGUUAAAAAAAAAAUUAAGUGGAACAUGUUAUGGGUAUAGUUAUUAAAACUGUAUUAAAAUUGGAUUCGAUCUCGUACAUUAAACCAUAAACAAAUUAGUGCACUACUCAAGGAAAUAGAUGCUCAGUAUGGUUGUUUGAUAUAUUAUAGUGAAGUAAGAUGGUUUAGUUAGUCGUUGAGCAGUGCUUCAAAGAUAUUGACUGUCUGGUACAAAAUAAGAGAUAUCAAGUAACAGCUCAAAAAUAAAUUAUAAUUAUUAUUGAACAAUUAAAUCUAUACUCUGUACAAUGUACAUUUUUGUAAUAAUUAUAAUCAAUAAAAAAAAGUACAUUUUGCAUUGAAUUAUUUUGUUUAUUUUAUAUAUUUAGUAUUAAAAUGAAUAAAUAAAAAGGUGUUUUGCCCGAGAACCUUUGGUAUAUUUAAUAAUAUGGCCCAUUGGUCAUUUAAAUUUGAGACCAUUGAUUUAAAAGGAUGGGGUAUAGACUCUUUAACUAACAUAACGCCUGGGUAAUUUGCAAAGGUCAUAACUUCAAUAAUGUAAUUUUAAGAUGACUGUAUUUUAUUGUCAGAAAAAGAUUCAAUUUGUGUCUUUAUGAAUUAAGCUUAAAAAUGACAUCGGAAAACUCUAUUUAUCUUAUAUUUUAAUAUUAAAAGAAGGCUUUAAUAUAAAUAAGAGAUUAUAAAUUAAAUUUUUACAUCUGAUUAAUUGUUUAUAAUUUUGUUACAGAACGCGAAUGCACAUGUAUACCAAAAAAUUUGUAGAUCGUAUGUUCUUGGACGCAUUUGUAUGCAGGUUAGAAGUUAGUUUGAAAAAAUUUACUGCUAAAGACAUAGCAAAAUUUAAACGGUAAGUUUCUUGAGAUUUAUUUACAAAUAUUUAGUAACAGCUACUUAGAAAACUUGUAAAACAUUUUUUUGGAAUUUCAAAAUAUAGAUAAAAAUCACGUGCAGUAAGGUUAGGUUGGGAGCACUAUUUAAAUUUGCCACACAAAUGAUACUCCACUAUUCUCUUUUACCAGUUAAAUUACCAAACUUUAAGUGGUAUAGUUAGGAAACCAGUUGAAGGAUGAUAUUAAAAAUGUAAACAUUUAUUUCAACUAAAUCUAUUUUUAGAAAUUUGUAUAUAGUUUGUUAUUUAAAAACCAAACGUUGAUAUUAGUUUCAUUGCCUAAAAUAAGAGUCAAAAGAAUGACAAAAAUAUAAUGUUUUAGAACUUCAAUAUUAUCUGGGAUAAUGAGUAUUUUACAAAAGAGAUUAAUUGAAAUAUAUAUACUACAGCGAUUUAUUAAGCAUACCCAUCCCAUUUUUAUAGUUCUCUGCUUUUUUAUAUAUUAAAAUUUUGAUUUUUGGAAUUUGUAAGUAGUUAAAGUUAAUAUUUGUUAAUACUAUGAUUAUUCACAGCAUUUAAGGAGUAUUCUCUGAUAAUACCAACUUGGGUUUUUCAUUUAAAGAUUUAUAUUAAAAAUUCCUUAAAUAGGUGGAGUAUUAGUUUAAAUAAACUUUUGUGUUGACAUUUUUAAUUUUCGUUAAUCUGUUAUUGACAAGAUAUUACAUUUUUAAGUAUGGUUUGGGUGGAAUAGUAGAGCACUAUGAAAACACAGAUCACCGUGUAAAUAAUUAUUUGUAGAUUGUUAUCCUUACUGUUCUAAAGUAAAAUAGCUCAACAUUUUUUCUUUCAAAUUUCAAUUACAUUCCGUCAACAUUUCCAGAAAAAAAAAUCAUUCACUUUGUAAUUUGCACUGAAACUUGUAGGUUCUCAUUUAAAAGACUUCAGUUGGUAAUGCCACAGAAUACUUUUCUUUCCUAAAUGUUGUAAAAAUCUUAAGUAUUUUCAAAUAUUUUUAAUUUUUAAGUAACCACACUUAAAAAUUUCAAAAAUCAGUAUUUGUGAAUAUAUGCAAAAUUUAAUGAUAUAAAUGGGAUGAGCAUGUUUAAUAAAUCACUUUUUAUGCAUGGGAUUCAUACAUAUUAAUAUUGCAUAAUAUUGAUAGAUGUAUACAUUAUAUAAAUUAUAACUUAAUUGCUAAAGUAUAAACUUUUAGAAACAAUAAAAUCUGACAAAGUGCAGAUUAAUAGUUUAAAGAUUACAGUUUAACUAAAUUGUAUAUAAGUUUAUUUAAAAGAAAAUAAUUCGGGGUUAAUUAAAAAAAAAAAAACAACAUUAUAGUAAUUCCAAUUAGUAAAUAAAACAUUUUAAAUUUCAUAAUUUUUGUGUAUUUCAUAUGUUAUAGGGAAGCACGUAAAAAACUAAAAUGUGCCCCUCCAAAAAGGAUAAGAAAAAAAACUAUUGCUUUAAGAGAUACCAGCCAUUCAAAAGGAAAAGAUGACGAUAUUUCGGAAAAUGAUAUAAUAAUCAUCAGUGAUGAUGAAGAAGAUGACAAUAUCGAAGUCAUCAGCGAUGAAGAAGUAGUCGAUGAAGAAGUAGUUGAUGAAGAAGUAGUUGAUGAAGAAGUAGUUGAUGUAGAAGUAGUUAACGAUGAAGAAGUAGUCAACAGCGAAGAAGUAGUCAACGAUGAAGAAGUAGUCAAUGAUGUAGUUGUUGUUGGCAGUUCAAACGAAAUUAUUACUUUAAAAGAAGUUAGCGCUUCCAAAGAUGUUAGCAUUUCUGAAGAUGUUAACAUUUUUGAAGAUGUUGGCGCUUUCGAAGAUGUUGGCCUUUCCGAAGAUGUUGGCCCUUCCAAUAAUGUUAGUGCUUCAAAAGAAGUUGGCGCUCCAAAAGAAGUUAUCCCUUUAAAAGAAAUUGGCGCUCCAAAAGAAGUUAUCCCUUUAAAAGAAAUUGGCGCUCCAAAAGAAGUUGACGCUCAAAAAGAAAUUAGCGUAUUAAAAGAAAUUAGCGUAUUAAAAGAAAUUAUCUCUUUAAAAGAAGUUGACGCUCCUAAAGAAGUUGACGCUCCAAAAGAAGUUGACAUUCCAAAAGAAAUUAGCUUAUUCAAAGAAAUUAUCCCUUUAAAAGAAGUUAGCGUUUUAAAAGAAGUUGGCGCUUUAAAAGAAGUUGGCGCUUUAAAAGAAGUUGGCGCUUUAAAAGAAGUUGGCGCUUUAAAAGAAGUUAACCCUUUAAAAGAAGUUAGCGCUUUAAAAGAAGUUAGCGCUUUAAAAGAAGUUAGCGCUUUAAAAGAAAUUAGCGCUUUAAAAGAAAGUAGUGCUUUUGAAGAAAAUAUCACCUUGGAAGAAAGUAGCGCUUUAAAUGAAAAUAGCGCUUUAAAUGAAAGUAGCGCUUUAAAUGAAAGUAGCGCUCUUGAAGAAAAUAUCGCUAUAAAAGAAAAUAUUGCUAUAAUUGAAGUUAGUCCUUUAGAAAUACCUGAGCUUACAAAAGAUUAUAAUCCUUUAAAUAAAGCUAUAAACAAAAGCCCUGUAAACAAAAGAAAAACUCCCGAGGAAUACUCCAGUUCUCCUCGAAAAGUCAAAUCGCCUCCAAAAUACAAAUCUGCUAAAUCAAAAUCACCACCAAAACCAAAAUCUUCUUUAAAGCCGAAAUCACCUACAAAACCAAAAUCUCCUUUAAAGCCAAGAUCACCUGCGAAAACAAGAGGUUUAGAUGAACCCAGCUCAUCAGAACCUAGCAAUAAAAAAAUUAAAUUGAAUGAAAAAAAAAAAAACGGCCAUUUGAAAAUAGUUAUUUCUAGAGAGGGUGAGACUGACAAAUUCAAGUCACAGCUAUUAUUUAACAGCAAUUUAAGUCCUAAAAAGGAUACAGAUACUUCUAAGAAUUCAUCAAGUCCUAAACUAUCAACUAAUAAGUGUAAUGAGAACACUGAUACUGAUAGUGAAAAAUCAGCAAAUCCUUCAUCAAGUUUAGUUAACAAAGUUAGAAUUUGUGAUAUUCGUAAAUUGAUUGAUGAAUCAAAAUAUGAAGGUUAUGAUGAAAUGUGGUUGGGCAAAAAACCUGUAACAAAUGGAACGAAGAAGACAGGCAGUCCUAAUAAUUUACCUGCUUUACUUCCAGUGAUAAGAGGGCAAUUAUCAUUGAUUGAAAUAGAAAAUCUGUAUAAAAAAUAUUUUAGCAAGAUUGUACAAGAUACUAUUGUUAUUAUUGCCAAUAUAUUGAAUAUAAUUUCGAUGUCAAAUAAACAUCACAAAUCUCGAAUGGAUGAGUCAUUUAAAAAGAGGUCAGAAGCUGAAAAGUUAAAAGAAAGAUGUGAUGCUAAUAGACAACAUACAAGACAUAAAAAUGUUCUGGAAAGCAAAUUGAAGAUGAAUUUUACAGGAGUAAUAAAUUCUUUUGAGGAAUCUGAUUUUGAAACGGUAUUUCAAAUGUUUUUCUUAAGCAUAUUAACUAUCCUUCGCGUUUUAGAUCAGCCUAAAUUCAAAAAAGGUAGCAUUUUCAAGAAUUUAGUUCUUUUGUUAUGGAAUAGCCUAAAAAAUAGUGACUUUGAACAUCCCAAAGUUUUCACAUUGUUCAGAUCAAAGUCAUUCCGCCCUGACUGCAUUGAUUUAAUUAGUUUGAUUGAAGAGAGUAAAGAGAAAAAAAAAGAUCCUGGAAUAACUGACAGGUUGGCCUUGUUUUUUGUGUCAAAUGUGAAAGGCUGCGAAUACUUUCAAGCAGUUCUUGAUGCAGUAACUAGCGAUACCAAUGAAGAUCUGGGAUUAUUAAUAGAUACUGCUUCGGUCCAAUUUCGUCUAAAUUCAAAAUUUAAAGAUCAUAUCGAUUAUUCUCCAUCAGCUACAAUGAAUUAUGUUGCUCAAAAAACAAAUCUCGUACCUAUGCAAACUAUUUCGACAUCUAUUAAUACUACUGUUCCAUCUUUAAUUACCACUGUUCCAUCUAUAAUCACCUCUGUUCCAUCUACAAUCACUACUGUUCCAUCUAUAAUCACUAGUGUUCCAUCUUUUAAUGCUCUUGUUUCAUCUGUUAUUGCUACUGGCCCAUCUAAUUCUAGCUCAGCUGAUAGAACAGCACAGCAAUGGGUGAUAUCCAAAGCACCUAAUACUUCAAGUUUCCAGUAAGUUAAAAUUUUAUCAAAUUACAUUAUUAGUACUAAGUAUAAUCAGUAGGGAUUGGCCGAUACCACUUAUCACUAAUAUUUGACUGUGAAAUCUGUAUAUAACAUACAUUUAUGUGACCAUAAAACGUGUCCUUUAUAGAUAAGUAUUCAUAAUAAACUAGUAUAGGAGGUAGCAUUGCAAAAAAAAAAAUUGCAUAUACUUUACAUGAUUGUAAGUGUUGUAUCACAGUUGUACGUGAGAAAUUGGAAGGUAGAGGGGAUAUUUAAUGUAUAUCUGUAUGCAACACUUAAUUAUUGCUAAUAAAAAAUGAUACUGAGUUUGGUUGUACAUGAAAAUUCCUGAUAUUUACGAUUUGAAAAUAACACAUUUUGUACAUUUUCCAGUUUUUCCUAUGUUUUUUCUGGUUUUUCACAUUUAUUAUGCAACCCUUGUGAAAAUCAAAAAAUGACAUCUUUAAAGUAUCUCUUCAAUUAAAUUUCUCUUCAGAAAAAGUACUACUCUGUUGCGCGAAAUGCAUGUGCACGUUUGCAAUAUAUUUUUAGUUUUGAACUAAGAUAGUUGUCCGUUAUCAAGGUAUUGGGGAAAAAUUUUACUUCCGUGUCUGUUAUGGGAAGAGUUCAUUAUAGACCGGUCGAAAUACAUUGAAAUACACAUCUUUUUGCCAGGAUGUUAUUAUAUUGUCAAAUUGAAAGUAACAAUCUUAUUUUAAUACAUAUUAUUUGUUUACAUUGAUAAAUUUUAAUAUAAACUCUAAAAAACAUGAUCAAAUAAAAUGUAUACAAAUUCAAAAUGAAAUUUUAUGAUAACCACGGUACAGUUUUCUCUUUUGCUAUUUAAUUUUUUUAAUUAUAUUGCAAAUUUCAUUAUAGAUUCUGAGCAUAGUGAGGGAGCUAUUGGUUUUUCUAAAAUAUUUAUUUUGUUUUUCUUCUAGUCUUUGGACACGUUUUUUCCUAAUUAACUAGCUCUGAUUUUUACACGUAGCAACUUUUCUGAAAGCUCAAGUUAUCUAAAUGAUACUUUAGACAGGUCAUUCUAAUUUUUGACGCCAUUUUUUAAAUUAAAGCACUUGGGUGGAAAAAAAACUUAGGGAAACAUACAAUUUCAUGAUUUGAUUAUUUUAUAAAAACAUGGACAACGUUUUCUACCAGAAAAAAUUAUUUAAACGAAAAAUCACAAGAUAGUUUUUUUGUUGCCUUUUUAUUUGUGUUCUUACUGUAUUAUUGCCAUAAUUUUUAGCUCUUAAAGAAUUUUAAGUUUUGGUAGUUUUUAUGCUGUAAUUCGGUUAUACAUGCACGUAGAGACUUGAAACUUGGUUACAUUAUUUAUAUUGAACUUUCCUAGACAUGGUAAAGUUUCCAAAAUUAUUGGAUGACAUUUUUUUCCUUUUUUUAAUAAGCAUAUUGUAAUCAAAUUUAAAUGAAAAUCGCAAAAAAAAAAAAAAAUACAGUAUUUAAAAUUAUGUAUUACCAAACUGCACUCGAAUCGAGCAAUAAUUUAUUGUUGUUUACAGAUAUAAAUAAAAUAAUUUUACGUAUCCUACCUUCCCAAUUUCUCACCUACAACAGUAGCUGCUCCGAUCCUCAGUAUCAACUCUUUUUUUAAAAAUUUAAAUUAAAGAAACUUAGCUUAAUUUAACCUUUAACUUUAAUAAUUAAUUAAAUAUUUAUACAAUAAUGUUAGAUACAUUUUUCUUUUGUGUUACAAGGUAUAUUUAGCCCUGUAUUUGUUAUUGGCUUAUAAAUAAUACAUUCUUUUUGUACAGUUUUUUAAUUGUGCUUCAAAUUUUUUUAUGUUUUCAGGGUACCAAAAACGAAUGUUAUUGGUGUGGAACAACCUUCUCAGACAAAUAUGCCAUUAUAUGAAAGCUUUCCUAAUUCAAUAGUAGCAAGAGUUCCUCCGGACCUGAGUAAUAAUAAAACUAUAGUCCCAAAACCUAAACUAAACGUUAUAGGUGCUCCUAAUGUUGUUUUAACUCAAGGACAAGGACAAGGACAAGCAACAACAUUUGUUGCUAUCAAACAAUUCAAGCCUGGUAAUAAUACUACAACUGUUCAAAGAUCUGAUGGCAACACCAUUGUCUUUAAUAACAGACAAUACCAUUUAGUUAGAAAUCCAGCUGGCCAAAUGAAAACAAUUCCUCAAAAUGUUAGUAUACUUAGAAGGGCACCACCUCUAGAAGCUCUAUCAUCCCAGGUAUGUAUAAUUUAUUAGCUCUUAUAAUAAUAUUUAAUGUGUUAUCAAAUAAUAUAAUUAUAUCAUAAUUGAUUUAUUGUUCAUGCUUGAUUAAAAACUGGCUCUUAAACAAUGAGCUAUGCCACUAUGCCUCUCAUAAAUAUUGUUCAUUAUUUUAGUAAAUUAGCAUAACCUAUUUAUCUAUAUAUAACUUAACAUUUAUUGAUUCACCUAACUGAUUAUAACAUACAGUUUUUUUUCUGUAUUUUUUUAACUUUUGCAAAGUAUUAAAUUAAAUAUUUAAGUUUUUCUAGUGAUUUGUGUUGAUUUUUGUUAUAAAACUAAAUUUUAGAAUUAUCUUCUUUUUUUUUUUUUCUAUGUACUAACCUAACUGAUUUUUGGAAACUCUAAAAUUAUUACUUACUUAGCUGAAAGUAAUCAUUAUUUUUGUUACAUCACAUAUUAUUUAAAAUCAUAAUAAUGUAUUAUUUUUAGUAAUAUUAUAAUAUAAAUUAAGUAUAAAAUACAUACAAAUAAAUUAAAUGUUUUAUGACUCUUAAAAUUCAAUUUAAUGCAAUUUCUCCAUUCCCCUUCUUCUAUUUCAAUUUUCAGUUAACUCAGAAAAGUUAAUAUUAUUUUAUUAUAUCUUCCACAUGUAAAUAUUAUUUAUUUCUCUCACUCGAUGUUAGACAUAGCAAACCUAUGACAGGGUAUGUGGAAGGUGCAGUCCAUAUCUUAUUAUUAUGUUUAUGGUACAACCUAAAAAUAAUAUUUUCCUGGUUAAGUGAUUUAUCCAUUUCUUUAUUAUUAAUGCUAUAGACUGUAUAGCUAAUACAAUUAUAUAUAUGUGAGUAUUCUAAUGUUGUAAUUUUGAUGAAAAUUUGUUUCAGUGUAGCGCACCUAAUUGUACCAAUAAAGCAACAAUAAUGUGUAGUACUUGUUCCACAGUGAAAUAUUGUUCCCAUGUUUGUCAAGUAAGAAUAAUUUUUAUACAUAUAUAUAUAUAUAUAUAUAUAUAAAUGAAUAUCUGCCUGUCUGUAUGUCCUUUCUAAACUCAAAAUUACUGGACGAAAAUAAGACUAAUAUUUACUUUAUACCAAGGUAAUCCAAUCAAAAAAAAAUUAUACUACAAAAUACCAAAACCCCUCUGUCAACUAUCCUAUGGGGGUUGAGUUUUAUAAAUUUCAAUAGCUACAAACCUUCUCUGAACCACGUAGAACGUUUUUCAAAAAACCCUGUUAAAAUCGGUCUAGUAAUUUUUUAGUCUAUAAAGGACAUACAGACAGACAGACAUUAAUUUUCAUAUUUAUAGAUUGAUUCAAUUUUGUUUCGAACUAAGAAAAGUUUUUUUUUUCCAACAGAGAUCAGAUUGGUAUGAUAAUCAUAUGAAUGCGUGUGAACAGAUAAUGCAAAAAAGAAAUCAGCCAAAUAAUCAAUAAGAAUCUGAUAUAGAAAACAUGACACAUUUAUAUUAUUUAUACACUACA